AUGGGCUCUACCUUUGUCUCGGGUCCAACACCUCAACACUUCGAAUUAUCACAGACAGCAUCUUCAUACUCACCGACGCAAACAGUUUAUGAUAUGGCUAAAUUACCCUCUCUCCAUAAGGACCCCUAUGUUCUAGCAUACAAGUACUGGGACUACUUGACCGAAAACCCUAGACUUCGUCGCGAGAGCUGCAACCCCUACUACGAGAAUCUGCUAGCCAACCAACCUGAUCCUGAUGGCGACGCGACGGAUGAUCGCUCACGUGCCAUUCGAUACGCGAAGACACACUACGAGUGCUUCUACGAGAUCAGGGACAUUGACCGCAUUAUUGGGUGGCUGGGCGAUGCCGCUCCGACCUAG